AUGCUUUUUUUUACGUUUUUUCAACAACUAGCUGAAAAAAACCAACAUAUAACCAUUGAAUUAAAAAAUGACUUACAAAUAUCAGGGGUGUUACAUUCAGUAGAUCAAUAUCUAAACAUCAAAUUAACAAAUAUAUCAGUUAAUAAUCCGGAGAAAUAUCCACAUUUAUUAUCCAUUAAAUCAUGUUUUGUAAGAGGGUCAGUGGUGAGGUACGUGUUUUUGCCAUCGAAUGAAGUUAACAUUGAAAAAUUGCGUCACAUGUGUAGACAGGAAGCAAAAAUGAUUUCAGACAAGGAAAAAAAUAACUCAAAGUAG